AUGAGCCUCGUUGCUGCGUGCCUCCGUGGCGACGUGGAGACGCUCUCCGACCUGCUGGCGGCCGACGCGGAUCCGAGCGCGGAGGAUGUGGAUGGGCGGUCGGUGCUCUUCGUCAGCUGCAUGUGCGAUCAGCCAGAGUGCGCCGCUCUUGUCCUGGCCGCCGGCGCAGGCAUCGAUCAGCCCAUGCGCGAGCCAAACCCGGGCGCAACGCCGCUCUACGUGGCCGCCAUGUGUGGCCACGAGCGGUGCGUCCGCCUGCUCUGCGAGAACGGCUGCCCAUCCCCUCAGCGGGGAGGCCCGUGUAGCACUCCUGCUUGA